AAUGUUCCUUGUCAUUUCGGGGGCACCGUGAACGUCAAGAUGAUUUUAGCGGGAAUUUUUUUUGGGUUUUUUCCAGUUAAAAGAUCAUUCUGCUGGAGGAAUGACCCAAGAAGUUUUAAAUAUACUAAAAAAUCUAGAUAUUCCCAUUGAAAAAUGUUAUGGGCAAGGCUACGAUGGAACCAGUGUAAUGAGUGGGGCUUAUAAUGGAAAGAGACCUACACUGGACAGAAUGUUCGCUUCGACGUCACAAAGAAAUGAUGAUGGUUUGCGGGCGUCUUACAAUAACUCGUUACUUAUAGCAAAAUCCGGAAAACCGCAUACUAUCGGAAAGAAGUUAAUUUUGUCAGCCGUUGAAGACGUUUUACACAAACCUACAUCCGAUAUCAUUAAAAGAAUUCCCUUAAGCAACAAUACUGUUGAAAGAGGUAUUGAUGAAAUGAGUUCUGACAUUGAAAACUUCUUAUGUAAUUAUUUGCAAACGACCCAUUUCUCUAUACAACUGGACGAGUCAACUUUACCUGAUAAUGCAGCAUUAUUAUUGGCAUAUGUUCGUUUUAUUAUGAAUCAAGAAAUCUACGAAGAACUGGUCUUCGCAAGAACUUUGAUAACCGUCACUAAAGGUGAAUCAGUAUUUCAUGUUUUGAAGGAUUACUUCAUUGAAAAAGCAAUUCCUUUAUCAAAUAUAAUAUCAGUAGCUACAGAUGGAGCACCUGCCAUGAAGAGACCUACACUGGACAGAAUGUUCGCUUCGACGUUACAAAGAAAUGAUGAUGGUUUGCGGGCGUCUUACGAUAUCUCGUUACUUAUAGCAAAAUCCGGAAAACCGCAUACUAGCGGAGAGAAUUCAAUUUUGCCAGCCGUUGAAGAGGUUUUAAAAACUGUUUUACACAAACCUGCAUCUGAUAUCAUUAGAAGAAUUCCCUUAAGCAACAAUACUGUUGAAAGACGUAUUGAUGAAAUGAGUUCUGAUAUUGAAAGCUUCUUAUCUAAUUAUUUGCAAACGACCCAUUUCUCUAUACAACUGGACGAGUUAACUUUACCUGAUAAUGCAGCAUUAUUAUUGGCAUAUGUUCGUUUUAUUAUGAAUCAAGAAAUCUACGAAGAACUGGUCUUCGCAAGAACUUUGAUAACCGACACUAAAGAUAACCAACUCCCUAGUAACAACACCAACAUCCACAUUACAUAUUUUCACACGUGCGUCAGUCUGGCGUAUCAAACGUGGCCAAUUCGUCAUGUAAUCCAACAUGUGUUCCUACUUUCCAGACUAGGAACAAGUGACGAGGUUUGCAACAGAAAGACCAAGACAGGACUGUUGUUAUGUUGCAAGACCAAGGCCAGGCAAGUCUUAGUCUUGCGAACCCCAACUUCUGACGCCCACGAGGGAGCUAGCGCUCAGCUGGGCGCGGCGACCAGAACUAGCUAUUUGCAUCCUCAUACCAGAAAGGAGUAG